CGACCCGGAGAAAAGGUGACCGGGCCUGGGCCCCCCGCGGAGGACACGCGGCCCGAGCCCCGGCGCCGUGAGCUGAGUGACCGGACGCCUCACUGGCCUAGAGUCGCUCCCGGCUCCGACUCGGCGCCUUCCGGGAUAUGGCGGCCCUGAGGCCUGGCCUGGGCCGACUCCACCCCGGAUCCUCGAUCCUGUUCCUGUGCGACAUGCAGGAGAAGUUCCGCAACAACAUCUGCUACUUCCCCCAGAUCGUGUCGGUGGCAGCGCGCAUGCUCAAGGUGGCCCGGCUCCUGGGGGUGCCUGCCGUGCUGACGGAGCAAUACCCACAAGGCCUGGGCCACACGGUGCCCGAGCUGGGGGCCCAGGACCUGAGGCCGGUGCCCAAGACCUGCUUCAGUAUGGUGCCCCCGCUGCAGCAGGAGCUGGAGGCACACCCCCAGCUGCGCUCCGUGCUCCUCUGCGGCAUCGAGACCCAGGCCUGCAUCCUGAACACCACCCUGGACCUCCUGGAACGGGGACUGCAGGUCCACGUGGUGGUGGACGCCUGCUCCUCCCGCAGCCAGGUGGACAGGCUGGUGGCUCUGUCCAGGAUGCGCCAGAGUGGCGCCCUCCUCUCCACCAGUGAGGGGCUCAUCCUGCAGCUGGUGGGGGACGCUGCCCACCCCCAGUUCAAGGAGAUCCAGAAGAUCAUCAAGGAGCCCGCCCCGGACAGCGGGCUGCUGGGCCUCUUCCAAGGCCAGAACCCCCUCCUCGGCUGAGCUCCUGACCUGCCUGCAAGGAAGAGCGGCCGGUCCUGGCCCCGGGACCCCAGGACGGGACUCCCCCAUCCCGCGGUCCCCGGAGUGGUGCAGUCCAGCGGGAGGGCCGCCCCUCGGGAGGGGGCGGGGCUCCGGCUGCUUAUUGGGCGGCAGCUCCCGGAAAUGCAAAUGAGCCCCGGCGGC